AUGAAAAGUAGACGAGGUAAUAAAAAGGAUGUUUUAAGUAUUAAAGAUGAAGUAGAAAAAGAACUAAAUAAAAAAAAUACGUUAGAAUUGUACAAGAAUAUAAAAAAUAAGAGAAUAUCAUUUUUUUUGCCAUUUCAAAUUUUACCUCCUCUUCAUAAGAAAUUAUUGGCACUAGCUUUUAUAUGUGCAGUAAUAUCAGGAGGAACAUUACCGUUUUUUGUUUCCGUAUUUGGAGUUAUAAUAAAAAAUAUUAAUUUUGGGGAAAAUAUAAAUGAUAUAUUAUUAUCUUUGGUAUUAGUAGGAGUAUUUCAAUUUAUUUUUUCUUUUAUUUCCUGUUUUUGUAUGGACAUAGUGACAACCAAAAUAAUAAAGACAUUAAAAAUAAAAUAUUUGAAGAGUGUAUUUUAUCAAGAUGGACAAUUUCAUGAUAAUAAUCCAGGAGCAAAAUUAACGUCUGAUUUAGAGUUUUAUUUAGCACAAGUACAUGCUGGAAUUGGAACAAAAUUUAUUACAAUUUUUACAUAUGCUAGCUCGUUUUUAGGUUUAUAUUUAUGGUCAUUAUUUAAAAAUGUUAGAUUAACAUUAUGCGUAACGUGUGUUUUUCCUGUAAUAUAUGUUUUUGCUGCUGUAUGUAGUAAAAAGAUAAAACUAAAUAAAAAAACAUCAUUAUUAUAUAAUAACAAUACUAUGUCUAUAAUGGAAGAAGCAUUAGUUGGAAUAAAAACUGUUGUUAGUUAUUGUGGUGAAAAUUUAAUUUUAAAAAAAUUUAAUUUGUCAGAAAAAUUAUAUAGUAAAUUCACAUUAAAAGCAAACUUUUUAGAAUCUUUACACAUUGGAGCAAUAAAUGGAUUUGUUUUAUCAUCCUAUGCAUUAGGUUUUUGGUAUGGAACGAGAAUAUUAAUAAAUGAUAUUAAAAAUUUACAAGGAGGGGAUAAUUUUCAUGGUGGUUCAAUUAUAUCUAUUUUAUUAGGUGUAUUAAUUAGUAUAUUUAUGCUUACUAUUAUAUUACCAAAUAUAACAGAGUAUAUGAAAUCUGUAGAAGCAACUAGUAGCCUUUUUGAAGUUAUUAAUCGUAAGCCAUUAAUAAUAAACAAUUCAGAGGGGGAAAAAUUACAAGAUAUUAAAAAAAUAGAAUUUAAAAAUGUGAAAUUUCAUUAUGAUACUAGAAAAGAUGUAGAAAUAUAUAAAGACCUGAGUUUUACCUUAGAAGAAGGAAAGACAUAUGCAUUCGUAGGAGAAUCAGGUUGUGGUAAAUCUACCAUUUUAAAAUUAUUAGAAAGGUUAUAUGAUCCAUCUGAUGGAGAAAUUAUAAUUAAUGAUUCAUAUAAUUUAAGAGAUUUGAAUUUAAAGUGGUGGAGAUCAAAAAUAGGAGUUGUAAGUCAAGACCCAUUAUUAUUUAGUAACUCAAUAAAAAAUAAUAUUAAAUAUAGUUUAUUCAGUUUGAAUGAAUUAGAAUCUCGUGAAAAUGACAUUAAUAUUAAUAAUGAUAAUAAGAAUUUAAAAGAUAUAAAAAAAGGAAAAUCUACGGAACUUUUGGAAGUGAAAAAAGAAUGUCAUUCUGUAAACGAUUCAGAAGUAAUAAAUGUUUCUAAGAAGGUUCUUAUUCAUGAUUUUGUAUCUUCACUCCCUUAUAAAUAUGAUACAUUAGUAGGAUCAAAUGCCUCAAAACUAUCAGGUGGACAAAAACAGAGAAUAUCCAUUGCUAGAGCAAUUAUUAGAAAACCUAAAAUUUUAAUUUUAGAUGAAGCUACUUCUUCAUUAGAUAAUAAAUCUGAAUAUUUAGUACAAAAAACAAUAAAUAAUUUAAAAGGUAAUGAAAGUAGAAUAACUAUUAUUAUAGCUCAUAGGUUAAGUACAAUAAGAUAUGCUAACACUAUUUUUGUUUUAUCUAAUAAAGCAUCAGAAAAUAAUGAUAGCAUUACUAAUUCAGGAAGUUUUAUAAUAGAACAAGGAACACAUGAUAACUUAAUGAAAAAUAAAAACGGUAUUUAUUAUACUAUGGUUAAUAAUCAAAGAAUAUCUUCCAGUAUAUGUAACACUAGUGAUAAAAAUUCUGAUAAAAAAAGUAGCAGUUUUAAAGAUUCAGAUAUUGGAAAUUAUAAUGAAAUGAACAAUUUUUCUAUGAAUGAAAAUGGUGAAAAUAAUUAUGAAAAGAAUGAAGAGAAAAAAAAACAAACAAAAACAAAAGGAUCAUUUUUUAAAUCCUUAUUUGUUAGAAAAAAAAAAAAUAAUAAUAAUCUUAGUUUUGUUUAUAAAGAAAUAUUCUCAUAUAAAAAGGAAGUAAUUAUUAUAAUAUUAAGUAUUAUAGUAGCUGCAGGAUUAUAUCCUUUGUUUGCAUUGCUAUAUGCUAAAUAUGUGUCAACACUGUUUGAUUUUAAAAAUUUGGAGUCAAAUUCCAAUAGAUAUUCUCUAUAUAUUUUGUUUAUUUCCAUUGCUAUGCUUAUCUCAGAAACACUUAAAAACUAUUACAAUAAUUUAAUAGGAGAAAAAGUAGAAAAAACUGUAAAAUACAAAUUAUUUGAAAAUAUUUUACAUCAAGAAAUUAGUUUUUUUGAUAAUGAUGCAAAUUCUCCUGGGAUUUUAACAUCCUAUAUUAAUAGGGAUGUUCAUUUAUUGAAAACUGGUUUAGUAAAUAAUAUGGUUAUAUUUACACAUUUCAUAGCAUUAUUUUUAGUUAGUAUGUCAUUAUCUUUUUAUUUUUGUCCAAUAGUAGCAGCAGUAUUAACAGGAACAUAUUUUAUUUUAAUUCGUGUUUUUGCUAUUAGAGCAAGAAUAUCAGAUAACAAGUCAUUAGAAAAAAAAAAAGAUUCCACAUUUUCUUAUAAAACUGAUAAUGAAAUUUUUAAAGAUGCUAGUUUUUUAACUCAAGAAGCCUUUUAUAAUAUUAAUACGAUAAUCGUUUAUGGAUUAGAAGAAUAUUUUUGUUCAUUAAUUGAAAAUGCUAUUGAUUUUGCUAAUAAAGGAGAAAAAAGAAGAAUAAUAAUUAAUUCUUUAUUAUGGGGAUUUAGUCAAAGUGCGCAAUUAUUCGUAAACAGUUUUGCCUAUUGGUUUGGUUCAUUAUUAAUAAAAAGGAAUAUCAUUCAUGUAGAUGAUUUUAUGAAUUCUUUGUUUACAUUUUUAUUUACUGGCAGUUAUGCAGGAAAAUUAAUGUCUCUUAAGGGUGAUUCAGAAAGUGCUAAAACAUGCUUUGAAAAAUAUUAUCCAUUAAUUACAAGAAAAUCCAAUAUUGAUGUAAGGGAUGAAGGAGGAAUAAAAAUAAAUAAAAAAGAUUUAAAAGGAAAAAUUGAUGUAAAAAAGGUUAAUUUCCGAUAUAUAUCAAGGCCCAAUGUACCUGUUUAUAAUGAUUUGUCAUUUAGUUGUGAAAGCAAAAAAACAACAGCUAUAGUAGGAGAAACUGGUAGUGGUAAAUCAACAGUUAUGAAUUUAUUGAUGAGAUUUUACGACUUAAAAGAUGAUCAUAUUUUAUUAAAGAACGAUGGAAAUAAUUGUCCAUCUACGAGAAAUUCUGAUGGAUCUAGUGAUCAUUCUAGAGAUGAUUAUAUUAUUUUUAAAAAUAGUGGGGAAAUAUUACUAGAUGAUAUAAAUAUAAAUAACUAUAAUUUAAGAGAUCUCAGAAAUGUCUUUUCCAUAGUUAGUCAAGAACCAAUGUUAUUUAACAUGUCUAUAUAUGAAAAUGUCAAAUUUGGAAAAGAAGAUGCAACACUAGAAGAUGUCAAACGUGUUUGUAAAUUUGCUGCAAUAGAUGAAUUUAUUGAAUCAUUACCAGAUAAAUAUGAUACCAAUGUUGGACCAUUCGGAAAAAACCUAUCAGGUGGUCAAAAGCAAAGAAUAGCUAUAGCAAGAGCAUUAUUAAAAGAACCAAAAAUUUUAUUGUUAGAUGAAGCUACCUCUUCUCUUGAUUCAAACUCAGAAAAAUUAAUUGAAAAAACAAUUAAUGAUAUUAAAGACAAGGCAGAUAAAACAAUAAUUACUAUUGCUCAUAGAAUUGCUUCUAUUAAAAGAUCAGAUAAAAUUGUUGUUUUUAACAACCCAGAUAGAAAUGGAUCUUAUGUACAAUCACAAGGAACACAUGAUGAACUACUAUCAUUGGAAGAUGGUGUUUAUAAAAAAUAUGUUAAAUUAGCAAAAUAA